AUGUACUGCUUGGACAUUCUCGCAUCCUUGCUCUUGUUAUGUGCUUCCCUUCAAGCGGCCCCUGCCCCUGCCCCUAUUGCUGUCCUCCACGCCAGGCAGGCAGAACUACCCGGCUCGCUGGCUGGCGCGCAAAAUGGUGAACCGCCCAGCUCGGUCGAAGAUGCGAGAGCCAAGUUAACAGCUAUUCUGGGCGGUGGGACAAAACCCUCCAAUAUCUACGACUUUGCCGCCCGCUUGGUGUCGAGCGGCCUGGUCACUGAGUCUGUCAGCGCGAUCACCGGUCUGGUUCUCGGCGUCCUCACCGGGGAGAACAGCCACGAUAACCAUAACCCAGACCCGCCGACGCCAGUCUUCCCUCAGAAGGGAGAGUCGGAUGCCCAGUACAGUGUUCAGGAAGCAACGCUGCGCAAGGCGAUCUUCAUGCCCAACGACUUCGACGCCAAGGACAAGGCCGGUCAGCAGCCCAUCGUCCUCCUACCAGGCACUGGCAAUACGGGAUUUAUCACCUUUCAGGGCAAUUACAUCAAACUCCUGACAGCCGACAAUCGCUUCAACCCCGUGUGGGUUAACAUCCCCGGCUAUCUUCUUGACGACGCCCAGACCAAUGCCGAGUACGCGGCCUACGCUAUCAACUAUAUUGGGGCGAUGACUGGAAAGAAACUGGGCGUUGUUGCCUGGUCGCAGGGCAACAUCGAUGCCCAGUGGGCUUACAAAUACUGGCCGUCGACUAUUGACGUGACUGCCGAUCACAUCGCGAUCUCGGCCGAUUACCACGGCACAAUCGAGGCGAACCUGAUCUACCCGCUAGGACUCCUCAACUCGAAGUCAGUGCUGCAGCAAAAAUUUAACAGCGACUUCAUCACCACCCUACGCGCCGGCGGCGGUGACUCGGCUUAUGUGCCCACCACCAGCAUCUAUUCAGGUUUCAUUGAUGAGAUCGUCGAGCCACAGUCGGGAGAACUCGCCUCGGCCUUCAUUCAAGAUAUUCGCGGUGUCGGCGUCUCGAACAAUGAGGUCCAAGUGCUCUGCAAGGGCACUGAGGCUGACGCGCUCUGCACUCACGAAGGUACCCUGUAUAACCCUAUCGGCUACGCUCUUGCUAUUGACGCCCUGACGCAUGACGGCCCCGGUGACUUUAAUAGAAUCGGUGCCGACGCCUGUAAUACCUACCUCGCCCAGGGUCUUGACCAGGGAGACCUCGUCGUCACGGAAACCAGCAUCCUAGUGGCAGCCGUGGCCCUAAUCUUCGAUAAACCUAAGCAAUAUACGGAGCCGGCGAUUCAGGCGUACGCGAAGUAA